UCUCUCUUUCUCUGCCUCAAAAUUUUUUUGCACAUCUCUCUAAUAUAAAAGAGAAGGCCUUUGUCCUCUCGAAGACGAAGGAAGGUCCAAAGGAAACUCAGAGAAGCACUUGCAACUGUCUCCCUCUCUUUGGUUCUCUCUCUGCAAUGGGUGAAGAGACAAAGGAAGAAGAGCAGAAACAAGAGGAGAAGAAGGAAGAAGGAGGCGGCGAAGGGAAGGAGGGAGGGGAAGCCGAAGCAGAUCAGAAGAAAGAAGGAGGAGGAGGAGGAGAAGAGGAGAAGAAAGAAGGAGGAGAAGGGGAGAAGAAGGAGGAAGAGAACCCAGAGAUCGUGUUGAAGGUGGACAUGCACUGUGAAGGCUGUGCCAGGAAGGUGCAACGUUCCCUCAGAGGCUUCCCAGGUGUGGAAGAGGUGUACGCAGAUAGCAAGUCUCACAGGGUAACAGUGAAAGGGAAGGAUGCCGACCCAGUGAAGGUGUGUGAGCGGAUCCAGAAGAAGAGCGGGAAGAAAGUAGAAAUCAUCUCCCCCUUGCCCAAGCCACCAGAAGAGGAGAAGAAGGAAGAGGAACAACCCAAGCAGGAAGAAGAGAAGAAAGAAGAGCCCGUCGUUGUUACGGUCGUCCUGACCGUUCGGAUGCAUUGCGAGUCAUGUGCUCAAGUGGUCCAGAGACGUAUACACAAGAUGAAAGGUGUGGAAUCAGUGGAGACGGACUUGAAGAACGACAAGGUCAUCGUGAAAGGAGUGGUGGAUCCAGAAAAGCUGGUGGAAUAUAUUUACAGACAAACACGGAAGCAGGCGACCAUUGUGCCGCCACCGCCGCCGCCGCCGGAAGAAGAAAAGAAGGAAGAGGAAGCAAAGAAGGAAGAAAAGGAAGAGGGUGAGAAGAAGGAAGGGGAAGAAGGGAAAGGAGAAGAGGAAUUAAAGAGCGAGGCGAAGAAGAGUGAGUACUGGCCCUACUGGCCGCCGCCCCGGCACUACUAUGCGGAGCAAGCUUAUGCGCCCCAGAUAUUCAGUGACGAAAACCCAAACGCUUGCUCUGUUAUGUGAUUUUCACAUUAGAGUUCUGAGAUCUUUUUGUUCUUUCUUUAGUGUUUUUUUGGUAAAAGGUCAGUUAUAUCUACAUAAUGAUAAGCAACUUACCUUAUGUAAUAAAAACCAAUUACUUAAAA